CUUCUUCCUCCCCAUCCCCUUCUCUCUCCUCAAUUCUCUCCUAUCAGACAGAGAACACUGCAGCCAUGGCCUCUUUAAUGAUCCAGAUCCACGAGGCGGCGAAUCCCUCGCCCGAUCCGUCCCUGCUUCCUGAAUAUGUCCUUGAUCUCGGGGUCAAGCCCGCAUACAAAGACUUCCUCCCCAAAGACGAGCACCUCGCUCUGCACAAGUUCCAGGCGCUGUCAAACUACAUUGCCUCGGCUAUGAUCUUCCUCAAGAGCGACACUCUGCUCGAGAACGAGCUCACGACCGACGAUAUCAAGUCGCGUCUUCUCGGUCACUUUGGCACAUGUCCCGGCCUGACCCUCGUCUACUCCCACCUCAACCGUCUGAUCGUCAAGUACGACCUCGACAUGAUCUACGUCGUCGGCCCCGGCCACGGCGCCCCCGCCAUCCUCGCCAAUCUCUGGAUCGAGGACUCUCUCGGCGCCUUCAUUCCCCAGUACUCGGCCGACAAGACCGGCCUGCAGAAACUCAUCAAGUCCUUCUCCUGGCCCGGCGGCUUCCCCUCGCACAUCAACGCCGAGGUUCCUGGCUCGAUCCAUGAGGGUGGUGAGCUUGGAUACUCGCUCGCUGUCGCGUAUGGUGCUAUCAUGGACAAGCCUGACCUCAUUGUUACCUGCAUUGUCGGUGAUGGUGAGUCAGAGUCUGGACCUCUUGCAGCUGCCUGGAAUUCGCACAAAUACAUAGACCCCGCCGAGUCCGGCGCCGUCAUCCCCAUCCUCCACGCCAACGGCUUCAAGAUCUCUGAGCGCACCAUCCCCGGCACAAACGACGACAAGGAGCUGAUCGCGCUCUACUCUGGCUACGGCUACCAGGUCACCAUCGUCGAGGAUCUCACCGACAUCAACGACCAGCUCGCGGCCGCGCUCGAGUGGGCGUUGGCAGAGAUCAAGUCGAUCCAGACUGCUGCUCGCUCGGGCAAGCCGAUCGUCAAGCCCCGCUGGCCUAUGAUUGUGCUCCGCACGCCCAAGGGAUACUCUGGUCCCAAGAUGCUCAACGGCGUGCCGAUCGAGGGCUCGUUCCACUCGCACCAGGUUCCUUUGCCGGAAGCAAAGACCGACAAGGUGCAGUUCGAGCUGCUCAAGGAGUGGUUGUCCUCGUAUGACCACAACUCGCUCCUGACCGAGGCCGGCGAGCCCAUUCCCGAGAUCCUCUCGAUCGUACCCAAGAACCCGGCCAAGCGCAUGGGUCAGCUCAAGGAGACCUACAACGGCUACACCGAGCUCGUGCUUCCGGACUGGAAGCCGCUCGCAAAGGAGAAGGGCACGCAGUACUCGUGCAUGAAGGCGGUGGGCGAGUACCUUGACGUUGCGUUUGUGCAGAACCCCAAGAACCUGCGUCUGUUUUCGCCCGAUGAGCUGGUGUCGAACAAGCUCGACGCCGUCUUCAACCACACCAACCGCGACUUCCAGUGGGAUCCCGAGACGCGCGCCAAGGGCGGCCGUGUGACGGAGAUUUUGUCAGAGCACUGCUGCCAGGGAUGGAUGCAGGGCUACACGCUUACCGGCCGCGUGGGCGUGUUCCCGUCGUACGAGUCCUUCUUGGGCAUCAUCGCGACGAUGAUGGUGCAGUACGCCAAGUUCAUGAAGAUGUCGAAGGAGACCAAGUGGCGCCGCGACAUCGGCUCGCUCAACUACAUCGAGACCUCGACCUGGGCGCGCCAGGAGCACAACGGAUUCUCGCACCAGAACCCGGCGUUCAUCGGGACGGUGAUCAAGGUCAAGUCCGAGGCGGCGCGGAUCUACCUCCCGCCUGACGCGAACUGCUUUUUGUCGACGAUCCGCCACUGUCUCAAGUCGAAGAACUACGUGAACCUGAUGGUGGGCUCGAAAGCGCCCACGCCCGUCUUCCUGAGCGCCGACGAGGCCGAGGCGCAUACCGUUGCGGGAGCGUCGGUGUGGAAGUUUGCGUCGACUGACAACGGCGUCGAUCCGGACGUUGUCCUCGUCGGAAUCGGCAUGGAGGUCACGUUCGAGGUCAUCGCCGCCGCGGCGCUGCUCAAGAAGCACCUUCCCUCGCUGCGCGUCCGCGUCGUGAACGUGACCGACCUGAUGAUCCUGCAGCCCAACGGUGCGCACCCGCACGCGCUCUCGACUCAAGCCUUCGAGUCGCUGUUCACGACCGACAAGCCGAUCCACUUCAACUACCACGGCUACCCCACCGAGCUCAAGGGUCUGAUGUUUGGCCACCCGAACCUCGACCGCGUGACCGUGUCCGGCUACGACGAGGAAGGCACGACGACCACCCCGCUCUCGAUGAUGGUCCUCAACUCGACCGAUCGCUGGAGCGUGGCGUGUAAGGCUGUUGAGGGCGCGGCGAAGUCGAAUGCGGGCGUCGCGGUCGAUAGUCAUGUUAUUAUCUCGUAUCUGAAGCACUUGCGGGCGAAGCAUCAGGAGUACGUCAAGUUGUACGGUAAGGAUCCGGAUGGGUUGUAUGAUACUCCUGAGUUCUAGAGCGGAUAAGUGAAAAUGUGAGGUGAAUUAUACUCUAUAUUAUAUAUAUAUUGCUUGUGUUACUGUAUUUGGUAGUUUUCUGUGCUCCUUCCUUGAAUCUAUAUUUUAUCUCAAUCUACAG